AUGUCCUCAGAUGAAGGGGAUCCGAGCAGUCCAGUUCUGCCAGGGGACUCAGAUCAGGGCAGCUCGGUCUCCUCUGAGCUGCAGGUAACAAAGCACUUCCUUUUACAGAUUUAUGGAGAGGUGUUCAUAAAGGGAAAUACAGGACUUCAUGUUUAAAAACUCAUCAGUCGACUGUUUUGAUGAGGUUGCAAUGGAAACAUGCAGUAUAUACACGGUUGUCACUAGUUACCACAGCCACAAAGUCAAUAUCGUAAAAAUGCAUGAAAACUAAAAUUAGCUUUUUGGUCUUAAUUGAAGGUUAUGGUUAGGCAAUAAAGUAAGCAGUGUGGUUAAGGUAGGUUCAAAAUCAGAUUUUAAGAAGAUAAAUUGUUGAAAUAGGUGGCCCCGUGUAGCUCAGUUGGUAGGGCAUGGCAUUUGCAACGCCAGGGUUGUGGGUUCGUUUCCCACGGGGGGCCAGUAUGAAAAAAUUUAUGCACUCACUAAACUGUAAGUCGCUCUGGAUAAGAGCGUCUGCUAAAUUACUAGAAUGUAAAUGUAAAAUGUUUAGCGAUAAUUAUGACUUUGUGGCUGUGGUAACUAGUGACAACCUAUGCAAGGAGCACUUUAUUCACAAUUCAAUGUCUCUUUGCAUAUUAUGGACAGGAUGAAUAUGAAGAACUUCUCCGCUACGCAGUGGUCACUCCUAAGUAUGACCCGCAGCCCGCCGCUCAACUGCAGCUUCUGAGCGCCUCACAACUGUCUGCGGAUGGACAGAGUUCCCGUGGAAAUGAUGACGCAAGGUUCCAUCCCUCAGCAGGUACAGUGGGCCGCUGCUCACCCACACACUCGUUACACUAAGCCGCUCUGACAGACACACAGCUUGAGGCACUCCACAUUGCUCCCUUCAAAUGAUCAACUGUCAUAAAGGAUUUGGGUUCUGUCGUGCUUUACGUCUUUCUGUUAAGAAAUGCUCCUCUCUCUGUCGCAGUCUUUUAACCCGAGCACACAUAGCCUCGAUUGCACCAAGCCCAACAAGCUGUUGAAUGUUCCAUGUGUAUUUCACAAGUACCCAAACACUUGACAUGGAGAGAUGAACUGCUUGAUGAUAGCCAAGACCUGUCCCAAAACACAGACUGAGAGGCAUUGACACUACUACGGCCCUAUGUAGCUCAGUUGGUAGAGCAUGGCGUUUGCAACGCCAGGGUUGUGGGUUCAAUCCCCACGGGGGGGCAGUAUGACAAAAGUAUGAAAAUGUAUGCACUCACUAAUUGUAAGUCGCUCUGGAUAAGAGCGUCUGCUAAAUGACUAAAAUGUAAAAUGUACUAGGUACUCUAUUUAAGAUCAGAAGAACCAUUCGUUCUCUUCCGCAAGCAAGCGUACACCCAGCUUACAAACAGUCUAUCUGUCUUUUCUCCAGACCACGGCAUUCUCAGUUGUAGAGCUUAAACUGUCAUGGAGUAGUGCACUGGGAUGGAAAAGCAGGCAGGAUGUUGUGUGCCUGAUUGGUAAUGACAUGCUGGCAUCCUGCCCAAACUGCUCUUUAGAGUGCAGACUUUUUUUCUUCUCUCUGCAGGAUUUAAUUAAGAUAUUGACAUAAAUGCAUUCCUGGAUGAAGAGACAGAGUUUUCUUAUUUAGCAUUCUUACCAUCACACACUCUCUCUAUCUCUCUCUCUCUGUUUCUCUCUCACUCUUUCUAUCUCUGGCUCUCUCUGCCUCUCAGGCUCCGUUUCUGAAGCUGAAGAUGGGAGACGCUCUAGCAGGGGAGUGAGGUCAGCACGGGCCUCCCCUUUUAUAGUGGAGCCCAGGGCACACUCACACACGUUUGAGGGUAAAUACACACAGCCAACACAGAGGGCCAUAUGCUUUGUAACUAUACUUAGUCCAAUAAAAAGCAUUAUUAUAAAGACCAUGAGACUGAACAGGCAUGGGAUAUAUAAAAUGAUAGUAUACUAUUUUGAUGCUCCCAGAGCAUCAAACAUUAUUUUGACAACUGUGGUUCUUUAUCAGGUUUGUGUGCAGAAAAUAAACCAGGUAAUGAAGAGAUGGCUGGCAGGUCAUCUGUUGUCUCAGACGCUCACUCAGACAGACACUCGGACAGACUGCAGACGCCGUCUGAGAGCUCCAGACACAGCAGCCCAGACCCCCUGGUCACCAUGGUGACAGAGAUGUUUAUCUCUGAGGAGAACAUGAACAAGAUGGAGAACAUCCUGGACACCUGGAGUGACAAGCUCAAAGUUAGCCUGCCCUGCCUCUUUGUCUGUCUAUUUAAUGUCUGGAGAUGUAUUUUAGCUUGGCGAGAAUAGAUCCUUAUGAGGCUGUGUUCUAGGAUUAUAUUUUGUUGGCCUGAUAGAUGCGGUAAAGAGGUCAAUGGUACUCGACCAAAACAAUGGAAACACAUGGGGGAAAGAUCCCGAAUCUCCUAAUUUCCCUCCAGCAAAAUUAGCCUACAUUUAGGCUAGUGUUUAUAUGUGUAUUUCACACUAUGUUGAGGUAUAAAUUGGAGUAUAAUACUUGUAUUGAUGUCAACCCCAAUAACAUGUUCAUGUCAUCGUCACCAAUCAACUGCAUUACAGUUAAAAAACACAGACUACCAUCACCGAUUUCUCUAUGCUAGCUAUGCUGCCCACUUGUACAAACUGGAGGUAGAAUUUAGCAGUCACUUCUAAACCUGAAAAGGGUUAUGCAGCGAAAACAGCCAAAUAUAUCAAAAUUUGACUUUAGUAACCAUAUUGUGGGCCUGUAACAAUACAUCAAUCAUGACGAAUAUCCACUGUUAGAUCAGAUUUGUUGAAUGUGCGCCAAUCCGCCAUCCUUCUAUCCCCCACGGUCUGCGUUCCAUUGACCUCGUUACCGCAUCUAUAGUGCGUAUCAGAUGUCAUGUCCCUAUCAGUGAUGUGUUUCCUAAAUGAACAGGAAUUCCUCAUCUGAUUCUUGAUUUGUCAUUUGUGAUUCAGUAUCUGUAUUGUGUCAUUGAAGUGGACUGGUAUGUUUCGUGAUACUCUUUGUUAAACCAUUCCAUCCCUGUCUCCUCCCCAGGCCAACGUGCUGAUGGAGCUGAGGAAGUGGAAGCUGGCCUUCAUGGAGCAGCACAAGCUGGAGGUGAGGAAGGAGAGGGAGAAGCAUGCUGCCUGUAUAGCAGGCCUCACUGCAGAAAUGGACAGCCUGAAGGAACUGCUCCACACCUACGAGACCUCCAACCACAGGAAGGACGAGGUACGCAGUCUACACAGACACGCAUCACACACAUAUCAUACCACACUCACUUCUGCACCACACACACACUACAGGUAGGGUCUUACCUAUGUAAAGACAGUCAUACAAUUGUCUUCAACAGUGUUGGUGUGUUAUGAUGAAUUGAGUGUGUGAGGCAUCGUGUGUGUGUGUGACUUCUAUUGUUUUGCUUGUAGGUGAUAGUGAACCUGAGCCAGGCGGUGGACAGACAGAGGGAGAGGCUGGAGCUGAUGAGGACCUUCACCCACUGGAGACUGCAGCACAGCGAAGCCAGGGAGGAGGUGAGAGACAGGGGGAGAGGGUUCUCCCUCAUAGGAUACUAGGGGGUAGAUGAGAUGGGGAGCAGUGGGUACGGGACACACGUAUACGGCACACUGCAUCUUAAUGUCUAUUUUCACCCCUUUACUUUAACCACGGAAUUAGUUACACAUAUCUUAUCUGUGAAAUGAAUGUCAUAGCAUCCUUGGUGAACUGUACCUUUAAGCGUUGACAGUACUCUAGCAGGGUUAUGCAAAUCCUGAAUCUCUGCAUGGUUAACUGACACAUGCAUUACCAUGUCAUAUCACAUUGAACAUGCAUACAUUACGUUUUCACACGUAGAUUUUCCACUUAUGAUUCUUUAUUCCGUGUAGUAUUAUUGGUCCGGUGCCUGAUAUUCAUGGGUUAAAUAAGUGAUAUUUGCAUCCAUGUGACAGUAUUUAAUACAUCGUUUUUCACUAAAUAUCUAAAGUGUAGAAAAUCCCAAGUUCUUUCCUGUUAAAAUGUGUAGGUUUGAUUCCUGUGUGUAGCAGAGUCAUUCUAAGCAUUCCUCCUCCUGUCCCUUGUCUGUCCUGCUGUCCCAUGUGUCCCGUCCCCCCCCCCUCUCUCCAGGCCCACAGUGCCCAGCUGGCAGAGCAGCACUACCGUCUGCAGCUGAAGAGGAAGGUGUGGGCAGGCUGGCACGCCCUGGUCCAGGGGAGCUGGAAGGACAAGGUGGAGAAGGCGUGCCGCUCCCGGGCAGAGGAGGUCUGUGUGCGCCUGUCAGCUGACUAUGAGGACAAGAUGGCAGAGGUAAGGAGGAAGGAAGAGCUACACACACAGGUUACUACAUAGAGUAGGCCUAUACAGUUCCAACCAUACAAUUACAUAUGAUCUCUGGUUCCAGCACUCUGAAAAGAAGAAGACAGUUUCACAUGAGCACAGAACAGUAGCUAGCUACACUUACUGGACAACCGAGAAACGGAAUAAACAUUGUCUUACAUAAAUAGUGUCAUUCACUAUACUGCAUAGUUCUGCAGACCUGACACCUUUCAGCAUUUUAAAUGGCAAAUAUACCUUUUUGAAGUUUUUUCUGGAAGUCGGGCUGUGUGAAGAGAUUUUAAUAAUGAUGAAUAAUUGCAGCACUAAAGCAGUGAGUGAGCCUGAUUGAUGGAGGCUGCAGUUAAAGCCCAGUGAAAGAGAGGAGCUAGAGCAGCGAGUGGGCCUAGCACGCAGAGAGAGAGGGGGGAGGUAGGGAUGGAGGGAGAGGGAGGAAUAUCGACAGUUCCAUAGAUGUGUAGAGCAGUGGAGGCUGCUGAGGGGAGAACAGCUCAUAAUAAGGACUGGCACGGAGCAAAUGGAAUGGUAUCAAACACAUGGAAACCAUGGGUUUUGAUGUAUUUGAUACCAUUCCAUCAAUUCCGCUCCAGCCAUUACCACGAGCCCGUUCUCCACAGUUAAGGUGCCACCAACCUCCUGUGGUGUAGAGACAGUGUAGGAAAGGCUCAUAGGCCUAGCAAAAAGAGAGAGGGGAUAAAGAGAGGGAUACUGGAGUGGGAGAGAGGAAUGGCAUAGAGUUAUUGGCAGAACUGUAGACGUGCAGAGAAAGAGUAGAGCUAGAACAGAACACAGCCUAUCUCAGCACAGAGAGAGAUAGAUGGUUAUUACAGUGAGAGAGAGGAAUUGCAGCUUAGAGGAGCAGAGAGAGUAGGUGGUCUGUUUAGAGUUAGAGAUGUGAAACAAGCUUCCAUUCAACCUCAUUCCUCAGUUACAAUCUAGCCAGUCCUCUUAAUUAUGUUUUCCCCAAUGUGACCUUUGCAUUUUAAUUAAAGUACGGUUAACAGUGAUGAUAAAUUAAUGAAUCCCUCUCUCUCCUUCUCUCCCCCCCUCCUCUCUCCUUCCCUCUCUCUCCUUCCUUUCCCUCGCCCUCUGUGUAGCACGUGGCAGCGGUGGAUGCUGCCCAGGCUGAGAUCCAGAGGCUGCACUCAGAGAAGGAGCGUUAUGAGGAGUCCAUGAAGAAGGCCUUUAUGAGGGGCGUGUGUGCCCUCAACAUGGAGGCCCUCAGCAUGUUCCACACUGGAGAGGGACGCACGGAGCACGACCUGCACGGUUAGUAACACGCACACACGGCUCUGUCAACAAAAACUAUGUUCCUGACACUUUAAUUCAUAGAACAGAUUGUUAAAAUAAGUUAAUUAUACUAGGGAUGGGCAAGAGUAAUCCAGUACCCGAACGGACGUCAAAACUCAAUCUUUAACCAGAGAUUAUGAUUUUUUUUUUUCAAAACUAUGAAAUAACACAUAUGGAAUCAUGUAGUAACCAAAAAAGUGUUAAACAAAUCAAAAUGUAUUUUAGAUUCUUCAAAGUAGCCACCCUUUGCCUUGAUGACAGCUUUGCACACUCUUGGCAUUCUCUCAACCAGCUUCAUGAGGUAGUCACCGGGAAUGCAUUUCAAUUAACAGGUGUGCCUUGUUAAAAGUUAAUUUGUGGAAUUUAUUUCCUUCUUAAUGCAUUAUACCACCCCGACAGUCCAUCAUUACUUUAAGACAUGAAGGUCAGUAAAUAUGGAACAUUUCAAGAACUUUUAAAGUUUCUUCAAGUGCAGUCGCAAAAACCAUCAAGCGCUAUGAUGAAACUGGCUCUCAUGAGGACCGUGACAGGAAUGGAAGACCCAGAGUUACCUCUGCUGCAGAGCAUUUAGCAAUUAGGAUUUAUCUGUAAUGGUUAUGAUCUAACUAGGCAUUGUUGCCCACUGUUGGCAUAUAGAUAAAUGCACACAUUUUCUUCCAGUGCGGGCCUUGUGUUAUAAAAAUAUAUUUUUUCCCCAUUCGAGUACUCGAACAGUCCAUAAAUGUCUAAUGCCCACCCCUAUAUUAUAUCACCUCCCCCAGUUGUAUCUGAUCAAGCCACACAUUCAGUUUAUUAGCCUAUUGGUUAGGCUCUGUUACCCUAAAACACAGACACUAGUUGUGCAGUCUGCUGUUAUUGACACUUUGGCUCCUUGCGUGAUGAUGGUAAAUCUUAGAAAAUGCUGACUGAGUGGUGCUCUGUGGAGGUUGUAACCUUGGUGUGGCGGUCGUCGUCCACAAAUGCAUGUAUGAGAUUUUAGGGAUUCCGCUUGAACUAAAAGAGUGGUUCUAGUUUCUGUUUCAACACAUACAUUUAUCUGUGUAUUAAUUGAGUUUUGUCAUUUUUGGGGGGGUAAUCUAAUUCACAUUUUCUCAUCGGAAUAAUCUGGAAUGUCAUACGGUAAUUUGUCUCUUAUUUUACAACUGACAGGGCCACUGUCUGCAAAUGACAGAAUGUGAUUUAUGUUGGUCAGAUGUGAUUCUACUGGGUUUAUUUGAUUAGCAGCUUUCUGGUGUCCAGUCAUGAAGCUGGUCUGGCUUCAGAACAUAAGCCUGUGUACAGAUUAUUAUAUUACUGUUUUUAUUGGUCUUUCCUCUGUAGAUGCUCCACCCCCUCGGGAUGAUCCUGGCACCGGCUCAUUGGCCCGUCUCCAGCCAAGGCCUGCCUCCUCCACUCGGUUCAGCCCGGUCCACUUUGACCCCCCUGUUCCACCGUCCCAGAGUGAUGCAGAGGAGACAGUGAGACGCUGACACACACACACCCUGGUUACAGUCUAUAUAUGCAAUGGUUUUCACUACUACUAUGGAUCAGGUUCCACCAUCAUUAAACAUCAUAUUGUCACAUCAGUUGCUGCCAUUGUAUUUAUUCUUUCUCAAGACUAAACAUUUUCUCACUAACAGUAUUUCAUAAUUACCUCUACACAAUGUUCAGUCACAGCCUGUCUGGAGUUACUGGUUUAUGACUGCUGACUCCUCAAACACACACGAGGCCACUGUGUGAUACAAUGGAUAGACCUGUUAUAUUUACAGGGCUUCAGUUUGUCUAAUUCCUUCAUCUCCUUUCCUGUGUAUGGGCUUCUGCCCGCACUCUUAAUAUCUGCCCACUCACUCACUCUCUCCGUCAGGUGGGUUCCAGUGCUCCAGUCUCCAGGGCUGGGGUGUUCCCCUCCACCACGGUGGUCCACAGCACCCUACCACCAGGGGGCACUGCAAGCUCCCACAGACAGGUUAGUACUAGCGUUGAUGAUGGUCUAUUGCACUGGGAGCUUAUCAUGGCUAUGUCCUGAUUCUCUACCCCGCUCCUAAAGUGUGCACUUGCACACUUUCUGUCAUGGAUGUACAAUCAUUAGAUUGGUGUAAUCAUUGGUUAGAGGGAGUUUCAGCCAUUGUUAAAUCCAUGAUGGGAAGUGUUUGAGAAAAGGGUGUCAACUACUGUCUGGUUACUGUUACCUUUUCUCACCCUUUAUCAAACAAUGUGAAAGGUCACGUGUAUUUAUUGACUGUUCCUUAAUGAUCAUCAUUUGUAUCAGGUCAGUACACGGGUGAUCACAUCGGGUCAACAGAAAGCCUCCAAAACCGUGACCGCUCGCAUCACGGCACGUGCCGACCUCCGCGCUCCCAGCUCCGUCCGUGCUCCCAGCAACCUCCAGGUCAUGGGUGUGGCUCCUCCCAUGAGCUCUGUCAUCGUGGAGCGCCAUCACCCCGUCACACAGGUACACCAUCAUCACCAAACAUGUCUAUUUUACGAUUAACCAAAAUAACCAAACAACAAGUUGAUUUAUGAUCUGUAGAAACACCUUCGCUGAGCAGGCCUCAACCUGUCUCACUUAUCACUCUCUUUCUCUCUCCUAGCUCACGGUGGGUCAGGCCACAGCAGCUAAGUUCCCCCGCUCCUCCUCCUCUCAACAGGGCCAGGGCCCCUCCAGCAGCAAGAGUUCCUCCAGAACACACUCCGCCUACCACAUACACUCUAUCAAAGUGGUUGAGUAA